AUGGCGUCUGACUUUUAUGCUUCAGACUUGUUUCAGGACCACAGAUACUAUCUCACGAAAGGCAUCGAGAUAUUCAAUUACACAGAAGCGCAAAGCGAGUGCGAAAGGUUUGGAGGAUAUCUCCUGGAACUUGAUUCCCACGAUGAGUUCCUCUUCGUUAAAAACUUCAUCUUAAAAAUUAGCACUAACAAAUCCGUGUGGACUGGAGCCACCGAUGACGGGCAUGAAGGAUUCUGGGUGAACCAGCAUCACGCCAGGGCAGGAUUGAGCUUUGACUGGUACAGAACGCAGCCUUCUCCUGGUCUGGGCUCCCACUGUCAGUGCUUCAGCAUCUGGUACGACUGGAAGCUAGAGGUCUGCUACUGUUACUACGAUAGCAAGCAACGCUUUGACGCAAGUUUCGUCUGCGAGAUACCUGAACCAAAGUGUUAG